AUGGCUAUGCGAUCGGUCCAAGAGGAUCAAGCCCGUGGUGGUGAUGUAAAUGGUUAUGGAGGCCAUUACGGAGGUUACAAUGGACCGCCAGAUCACUGUGGUCGAAACGGUGGUUACAACGAUUAUGGAAGAGAAGACAUGGGCGGGCACUAUGGCCACCCUGGCCACGCUCGUGAUCAAAACUAUGACAGAGGGCCAGAUAGAGGCCAUCGUGGUUACGGAAUGCACGACACACGCCAUCCAGACGAUUGGGAACCAUCUCAACCAGCUCCAUCGGGUCCGAAUCGACCCAUUUUCCCGUCAGCUGCUCAAACAAAAAUUGAUACCCGACACGAUUACCAAGACGGCUAUCGAGGGCAGUGGGGUGGGGGUGGACCGCCUCCUCCUCUUAUGGAUUCGCAUAGCCAUUCAGAUUACCAUCGUUCACCGGGUCCGCCAAACCAAUAUCCUCCGCAAGACUUCCCGCCCGGGCCACCCCCUCCAGGUAGGAAUUGGGUUCCGCCUCCAUCAGGUGGUCCGAUGCCACCCAAUGGACCACCGUUCCAUCAAGGCCCUCCUCUAGGAGGUCCACCUUUGGGAGGUCCUCCUCUAGGAGGCCCACCUUUGGGAGGACCACCUCCUCACGGUGGACCGCCGCCACCCGCGGGUCUACCACCAGGACCGCCCCUGUCUUCGGCAGGUCCGCCACACCUUGGUCCACCAUCGUCAGGAGGACCACCACGCCAAGGUCCGCCACCGACAGGGGGCCCGCCACAUCACAUAUCACAUGGAGGUUCUAUAGAUGGUGGACCAUCUCAUAGAGGUCCCCCUCAUGGAGGACCGCCUGGACCGGCAGGAUCACAUUCCCCUGGGGCACCUCCAUGGUAUCCUCCGCCGUAUUACCCUCCAACAUCGUAUUCGUCUGGUGGAUCAAACGUACAUCCUCCGCAACAGCCUGGAAACAGUCAAGCACCAGCACAGUUCUUCACAAUAGACGCUUCUGCCCGAAAAAGAUUGCCAGCGUGGAUCUUAGAGGGUCUAGAAAAAGCAGAACGUGAGAAGAUGAAACAGAUGGAAAAAGAAGAGCGUAUGAAGAAAGCCGAAGAGGAAAGAGCGAAGAGACGGGCGCUCGCUGGAAAGGGCAGAUUCGAUAGCAGCAGUGAGGAGGAAGACGAGGGACAUGCUGAUGACGAGAGGUCACGAUCCAAGUCACGGCAAUCAGUUGGCGCCGAGGAUGACGAUGACCUUCGCACAGAGGAGGAAAAGAAGGACGAUGCGAUGAUUGCCGUAAGAUACAUCAUGAUGGCACUGCUAAUGGAAGCUACGGACGAGUCUCUUCGCUCGGGCAUAAACGAAUGUAUACGAGAGGCGAAGCACGAAGCUGAGCCAAAGCUACUUGCGAAGAGUUCCGCAUUGGCGGCUUUGUCUAGUCUCGGAGGAGGCGAGAGCGACGAGGACAGCGAUGAUGAAGCUGAGAAGAAUGGCUCCUCCAAUAACCGCAGCGGUGGACCAUCACCAUCGAAAGACUCUUCAACAGCGGUAAAUGCUGGAGAUGGUACGGAUUCAGAUAAAACGAGUUUACGACGAUCUGGUAAAAAUGAUAAAAAUGAUACGGAUAAAAGUGGUUCCUCCGACAAGUCUGAUUCAAAACGCCGUAGAAGUCGAUCUCGUAGUAGGGAGCGAAGACGAAGUCGUUCUGGUGAUCGGAGGCGAAGCAGAUCACGGGAUCGUCGGCGCAGUCGCAGUCGUAGCCGCGAGCGUAGGCGUAGCAGAUCGCGCGAGCGUAAACGCAGCGGGUCGCGAGAACGCCGACGUUCUCGCGAGCGCCGUCGCAGUCGCUCAAACGAUCGCAAACGUUCGCGUAGAGAUCGCAGUACGGAUCGUAAGCGGGACAGAAGUUCCAGUCUGGAGAGACGGCGUAGGUAG